CGCAAUGUUAUUCUUGGCAUUUCAUUUUAAUAGUAGUGAGGCGGAGUGGCAGCGUUGCCUUCGAGGUCCAGCUCCGGCGUUGGAAACCGAGGGGAAUGCGGAGGAGCCGAGGAUGCCAUCAUUAGGGUUGGGAUCGGAUGGCGCGGCGGUCGGGAGGAAAGCGAAGCGGAGAUCGAGGUUGGGGCGACGGCGGAGCGGAGACGGUAGGCGUGACUCCCCGAUCUACUACUCCUCCGAUCGCCGCUCUUCCAGCGGAAACGUAUACAACGGCGAAGCCGGCGGUAGUGUUACUGAUGGCGGCGACCACAAUGACUUGCCUUUGACGGUACUUGGGCACGCCGGUGGUGGCCCUCCUGCGGAUCCAGAUCCUGAGACCAGACCCUUCCCUUGUCCUGUUGGCUUUCCACCGCCGAAGAAUCGCUCCAAAGUGACUGCUGAGGACUUUGUGCAAAGAGAAGUAAGAGUUGAUGAAGAAGGGAACGAUGAGGUAAAGGAGGAAGGAGAAGUAGUAUCAUCUUUGGCCUCGUCAAAGCAUUCUUUUCCCCAUCCUCCCAGAGAAUGCCAGAGCCAACAAUGCAGAUCCGAAGAGGCUGCUUUGACCAACAGGAGGAAGCUGCAGCGGCGGCGGCCUGUAUCGCUCGACUUCAAUGGCCAAGGUGCUGAUGCAUCUGUUAUGUCCCCGAGGUUCUUCAUUGGCUUAGCAGCAGGGAUGAAGAAAAGCUCUGCUGAUUCAUCUUGGAGCAGAUCCGGCAUAUUACAAAGCCCAGGGACUCCUAACUACAGGCAUGGAGUUGGGGUGGCUGUGUACCAGAAGGGGUGGAGCUCUGAGAGAGUGCCUUUGCCGGUACACAGCAGCUGUAGGCGCGAUGCCAGCAGAGUUAUCCUGCCUUUUGCCAAUGGGAGGACUCUGCCCUCUAAGUGGGAGGACGCCGAGAGAUGGAUCUUCAGCCCGGUCUCAAUUGAUGGAGCUGGGAGGUCGCCGUCGUCCCUCUCACACUAUAGGCGUCCCAAGUCAAAGAGUGGACCACUUGGACCUCAGGCUGGCCUAGGGCUCGGCAGCAGCUACUCGCUGGCUUCACCGGUGGUCCCUUGCUUUGAUAGUGGCAGGGCAGGAAGCAUUACAGCAAAUUCGCCCUUCCUGGCUGGAGUUUUGAUUCCUGAACAGGAUUUUUAUCACAAUGGUAAUAGAGGAAGAAGGGGUGGUGGGGGUGUUUGCAGUGGAGGAAUAGGAGUAGCUGGUGUUGGUGCCAUGUGUGGAAAAACUCAUUCCACAACAGGGGAUCCUUACAUAUUCCGAUCUGCUAGCAUCCAUGGAUGGUCUGAAAAUGCCAUCGAGUCAUCUUCCUCAAUUCCUAGCUCUCGGGAUGAGAAGUCGGAUGGCAGCAAAGAAGAAGCAUCCGUGGUUUCCAUCUCAACUUCAAGGAAGGAUGUGGCAACACAAAUGGGUCCAGAUGGAAGCACUUUCUCCUCUCCUAACGAGGGGCCUUCUUCCCCCUCCCCAGUCUCAGCCCCUGCAAUUGUGGAGCUAGAGAGCCACUUCUCAAAGAUUGAGGUUAGGGAUGUGCAGGUAGACAAUCAUGUGACCCUAACCAGGUGGUCCAGGAAACACAUAGCGCAAGGCUCUGAUAGGCAGUCAGCAAGCAUCGCAGAAUGGAAGAAGACUAUUGAGGGAAACACUACUUGGGAAGUUACUGAGACAGCAAAAUGUAUAUCAAGGUAUAAGAGAGAGGAGGCCAAGAUCACAGCAUGGGAGAACUUGCAGAAGGCAAAAGCUGAGGCAGAGAUCAGAAAACUAGAGAUGAAGCUAGAGAAGAAAAGGUCAUCCUCUAUGGAGAAAAUUCUGAGCAAACUUCAAUUCGCACAGAAGAAAGCCCAGGAGAUGAGAAGUGCCUUGACUACCAGUCGAGGCAACCAAGCAACAAGGACAAUGAAAAAGGUUUCAUACCUUGGCAAAACUGGCCAGAUCAGUUCUCUGAGUGGGUGCUUCACCUGUCAUGCUUUUGGUGGGCACUAGUAUUGCUAUUCGACCUUAGGCAGCUUAUCGUAUGCUUUUCAGUUACACGAGGUUCAUCAAUAAAUCCAUGAAGACAGCAACAUGCUGAGGUUGAACAUGGUGAUGUGCAAAAAUAAAAGAUCACUGCAGUUUUCUGCAACUUCAAAAUAAUGUGCUUCCAGCGGCAGUUUGCAAGGAUGAGUAUUGAGAAGAGAACGGCCACCCCUUUUAUUUACACGCAAGAACACGACCUUCAAAAUGAAUCUGCAUGUAGUUGAACCGGUCGAUAUGAUCUAUUUUACAGAAUGCUUCUUUUAAUUAUGGCAGAUUCUAAAGCAAAUGAUUUUCCUUUUUUUUUCCUACUGUUAAUCGUGGUACUUUUGCAGUCGGACUGACGUUUGAACUUUGAAUGGUCUUGUUGACUGAACCGAACCAGUUUAGCUUCUGCGGCUUGGUUUGGUUCAAUUUUGAAACUUUUGGUUAUUUGUUUGGAAAAAUAAUAAAACUGGGGGUUUUGUUGA